AAUGCAGGCGUAAACAUAGACUGUGGAACGUCAUUGCCCGGUGUAGACAACAACAACCUAAAAUGGGUCGGAGACAAAGACUUCAUCACAUCCGGAGAGUCGGCCACCGUUUCGUCCACCACCGUAGAGAAAUCCCUCACCACACUUCGGUACUUUCCCACCGGUGACUCCAAUUGCUACUCCAACAUUCCAGUUACAAAAGGUGGAAAAGUUCUUGUGAGAACGAUGUUUUACUACGGGAAUUACGACGGGAAGUCCUCAACCCCAUCCUUCAACGUAGUGUUUGAAGGGAAACACCGAGGCACCGUAUCGAUAUCAUCGGCGUUCGAACCUUAUCUUUUGGAGCUGAUAUUUUCUCCGGCCAGCGGAGAGACCAGCGUUUGUUUUGUACGUACGUCUUCAUCAUCAAACCCUUUUGUAUCUUCCAUUGAAGUUUCCGACUUGGACGAUGGCAUGUAUAACGAGCUUGGUCCUGGUGAAGGUUUAUUUUACCAACAACGACGUGCGUAUGGCACAACAGAAAUUAUAAGAUCGGAUCUUCAAGGUAGGUUCUGGCUUCCGUUGGAGAUAAACAUAUUGUUGACAGGAGUACCAUCCACGGCUGCAUCAAUCGAUAUCUCUGGUGCAUCAAACAAGCCACCUGAGUCCGUCCUCCGUAACUCUUGGACCGGGGAAGGCUUAUCAUUAGUUGACCCUACUCUUCCUUCGGAAGGAGUUCCAGUUUAUUUGGCUAUGUAUUUCUCAGAGCCUCUUGAGUUGAGUGUACGAUCGUUCAACAUAUUAUAUGGCGGUAAGCAAGUUGGUAAAGGACCAAUUGUGCCCGUGUAUGGAAAAGCCACGCAAGUGGUCGUGAGAGAUGUGGUGGCUAGCUCAAGCUCCGAGCUGGUGUUCCAGUCCACCCCUAGUGCGCUGUUACCGCCCAUUAUAAAUGCGUUGGAGAUUUAUGUGAUAAGUACGGGUACAAGUGGAAGCGGAGGCGGAAACAAAAGCGGAUCAGGAUCCGGUGGAGGUGCUGGAAGCGGAGGAGGAGGGUCUAAGAGUGGCGGAUCUGGAGGCUCUGGUGGAACUAACAAUGGAGGAACUGGAGGGAGCAAUGAUGUGAGCUCAGGUGGGUCAGCCAGUGAAGGAAAGAAUAGUAAACUGCCAACUAUACUCGGUUCUGUAUCCGCAGUAAUGUUUGCUCUUAUCGCAUAUGUGUUCAUUGCUGUUAUCUUAGCGAAUCGUCGCAAAGCAAGGCUACAAGCCCUGGCUAUACCUACGUCAGUGGCUCAUAUGGCUACUGGAUCAUCCCCUCUAUUCGGACAACAAAUGGGCAACGACUCAAACCAGUCUACAUAUGAGUCAGACAUGGGAGAUAUCAACGACUUGAUUGGAGUAAAUCAGUCGUAUGUAACGCAAUGACAUUAAACAUCAUGU